CGUUUUAGAAAAAUUCUUCAAUUUCCCAUUCGAAAUAGAAAUUUUCCACAUUUCUGUCAGUGUUUCCCGAAAGUGCAAGACAUAAUGAAAAUUCCAAAGAACUCAAGAUACGGUCCCAAUCACCUCAGCAUUUAUUUAGCAUGUAUGUUUGUACUGGCAUGUAUCAAUGCUGACGAAGAAAUCUCCCCAGGACCGCCUGGAAUUUCAGAUGUACCAGGAGGCGUUCCCUCAGCUUCUGAACAAGAUCAGAGUAAAAACAAUCCUGUCGCAAACUUAUCACUCGUGCACUACCAGUCGUGUUUGAACUCAAGUGAUAUUGAAAGUCGAGGAAUUCAGACAAUUGUAGCUAUCUUGGAGAAAUUAGGUGGUUGGUUCAUAGUAAUGCCAAAAGAUGAGAGGAAACCCAAUGACCAUUCUUGGCAGGAAAUCGACAAAGUUUAUACACGCCUGACCGGUGAUGCAUCCCUGUUUAAAAUUGACGUUCGUAAAAGUGAGCAAUCCCAGGCUGAAUACCUUAUCACAGUUGAUGAGCCCGAUUUCGCAUUACAAGAAGCGUUACAAACCCAGGAAUCUGUGGAAGAAUAUAAACGAUUGAUCGGAAACGUGGCGAGAAUUUUCGUAAAGUUUCAGUCGUCCACCGUUUCCAUUGAAAGUAUAAACCAGGAAAUCGAACAAAUGGUCGAAUUUGAACAGAAAUUAUAUGAGAUCGCUCAACGUGUCAGACAGAUAUUGUCGGAUAGGGAAGCAACAUUGCAGAUCUCCCAAUUUCAAGAACGGUAUAAUAUCAGAAACAGUGUUUGGGAAGUAUCACAAAUUCAUUGGCUGGAUAUUAUACGGAAUCUCUUCCGUGAUACGAACGUAGAAAUCCACAGCAAUGAGAUGAUUUCUUUUAAAAGCAGUUAUUACAUAUAUAAACUCGUGGACGUCCUCAAUGCUACACCAAUAUCUACCAUAAUUAAUUACAUUCAUUGGCACUUUAUACGAAAUAUGCUACAAUAUGGCGAUAAGAAUAUGGUUGAAUUGGACAAGAAAUUUAAAAACAUUCUGCGGAAAUCUGUUGCUGAAGAAACAAGAAAUAUAAUUUGCGAAAAGGAAAGGCAACUUGCAAUUUCGAUACUUUCCAAAAUUCACACGACUGGCAACACUGAUAUAGCAAAGAAAGACUUCCCAAAACUUGGAUUUCAUUAUUUGGACAAUGUGUUACUAUUGAAAAAUCGUGCCGUUAGGGAAUCACUGCAAAAAUUGAGAAAUCCAGAUUCGUCGUUAGUAGGUCUUCAGCCUCAUAAGGUAGACAGCACUCUUAUACCAGCGAUUCCUUCUAACAAAUGUGCAAGCAAAAUCUGCAAACGAACAGCCCUUGACUUGGACCUCGUUCAUAAUUAUGAAGUGGAGCCAUGUGACAACUUUUACGAAUAUUCUUGUGGAAAUUACCAUUUAACGAAUUUUAAUAAUGAAUUGACCGCCCUUGAAUCAGCAAACCUAAAUCGGUCAUCAGCAAUUUUGAGCGACAGUUUCAGUCCUCUAGACAGCCAGUCACUGAGAAAAGCGAAGAUUUUCUACAAGCAGUGCAUGGACAAUGCCAUACUUAACGAAUAUAGUAUCAGUGCUGUCCUGGAUGUUAUAAAUUCACAAGGCGGCUGGUCACUGUUGAGUACCAAGUUAUCAACAGAAUCAACGCAUACUUGGCAGAGUAUACUCAAUUUCUAUGCACAGUAUGGCAUCUUUUCAUUAUUUAAAAUCAGCCUUCGUCCCGUUGAAAAAGCUGGAAAAUCAACAUGGUAUUUGGCGUUAGAUCCGCCUGAUUUACCAAUGCCUCCUGGAUCGCUAAACAAUAAAUUGGUGGAAGCAAAAUAUAGGAUGUAUAUGGAUAAAAUAGUGGAGGCUUUCUCAAAAGUUGCAAAAGUUGGUUACGUAUACAAUCCACAAAUUGACAACAUAAUACUUUUCGAAAAGGAGCUCACAAAGAUUGUGCUACUUAAUAAUCGCUUUCCAUCGAAUGACAAUUUAAACGAUCAUAUCACUACACUCGAAAAUUGGAUUUCAAUAAUGAACGAGGUUACUAAAAGUCAAACAGGGCCAAAUAUCAAGUUCAACUGGCUGAACGCAAUAAGAGAAGUUUUCAGCCUUACGAACGUUCAAAUAAGCAAGUCUACUCCACUUUUAAUAACGAAUCGCAAUUAUUUUACUGCACUGGUAAAUCUGCUCAAAACCACACCACGUAAUAGAAUUGUGAAAUAUCUACAUUGGAAUUUUAUCUACAAUAUGCUUCCAUACGGUUCAACCUUAAUGCGAAAAAUUGCUUCUGAUAUUAAUUUUGAGUACUAUGGAAUAACAACAAAUCCAAGGCGGAAUCUCGAGUGUACGGAACAGAACCCAAUGAAACUCGCCAUAUAUCAUGCAUUUUUACAAAAACACUUUUCGAAGGAAUCCAAAAACCUAGCCACUGAUAUAUUUCUGGAAAUCCAAUCUAAAGUCGAAACAAUUGCUAGAAAUAUGAAAUGGUUAGACGACACUGGUAAAUAUCUAAUGACACUAAAAUUUGACCAAUUAAAAUCACAUAUUGGUUAUCCUAUAACACACGACAUCAAUCCAAACUUCGAUUAUUACUAUAGUCAGUUAAUCAUAAAUGAGCAGUUGCCAUACAUUGAUAAUAUUUUAAGUUACAAGAAGUUUCAAUUAAAAAAUCAGCUUGAAAACUUACAAAAAACAGUUGACGAGACGGAAGCAAAAUGGGAUUCGUACACUGACAUGGCCAACAGAUUUGGAUUUAAACCUGAUACUUACUCCAUAAGUUUUCCUGCGCAUAUACUUCAGCCACCUCUCUUUAGUUUGGAUCUACCAAUUGCGAUGAAUUAUGGAGCAAUUGGAGCUUUAAUGGGCCAGGAAAUUUUUCGAGCAAUUCUCAACGUUUUCCAAUCGUACUUCAACACAAUCGACGAAGCCGAGAAGAUUGAAGAUUUUCAUUGCUUCAUUGAUCAACUUAAGUCGACCCCUUUCGGAACAAUUGCUAGCUUGAUACCCGAGAACUUAGAAAGAAGUUUAGUGACCACUGUCGGACUGCAAGCUGCUUAUGAAGCUUAUAAAGAAGCUUCAAGGAAACAGGGAUUCGUGGAUAAGAAGCUCGAACGAUUUAUUCACAGGAGCGGCGACGAACUCUUUUUCAUGGCGUUUGCACACGCUCAUUGCACUGUACAUGACCCUAAAUCUGCAAACUCAGGAUAUGCUGCUUACAAUCCAUCACAAUUAAUAAUACUGGAUGCAAUCAAACACAGCAAAUUUAAAACCGCUUUUCAAUGUUUAUCAACACAGCAGAUGAGUUAUGAAACUAAGUGCACCCUGUAAGAGAGUUAACCUGUAUCUCUGAAAAUGUUGACCUUCUGUGAAAAUAAAUAACUAUUCGGAAA